AUGGAAGAAGACUUUAUCUUUGAUAAUGAUAAUGAAGACAAUGUAAAUUCUGAUCAUAGUGAUGAUGAAGAAGCUUUCAUAUCGGCAUAUCAAGAAGAGUCAAUAUUUUUUUCUGAAGACACCAACCUUAAAUCACUUGUAAUUAAUAGCAAUGAAAUUGAAGAAGGAAAUACAAGUUUCGAUUUUGAACAAGGUGAGACUUUGGAUGUUGACACUGAGAGUUCUGUAACUUCUAGAAUUUGUGAGUUUUCAAUAAAUAGCAUGCCCAUCUAUAUUUGUUUUGUGACUAUUUUUAUUGUCAUAUUUCACCUGAUCUUUUUGGUGGAUAAUGAUAGAUAUAUUCUCAUUGAGUUCUGCAACAAUCUUCUCUCCAUUUGCAACCUGGCUGGUUCUCUCUGUUUGACAAUCAACAGCCUAAGACAUAUUACUGGUUUUGACAAAGCAACAAAAGGAAUGACAGUGUAUGUGACAUGUUCAAAAUGUCAUUUGAUAUAUCCUCCAGGCACAACCAUAAAGAAUUGCAAUUUUAAAAUUUUUCCUGAAUCAAAUACUUGUAACAAUCCACUAUACAAAUUCACAAUUGCCAGCCAUUCUUCUCCAGUAAUGAUGUAUCCAUACAACUCACUUAAGCACACAUUACAGCAACAUUUUUCCAAGUCAGAUUUUGAGCAAAGAAUUAAUCUUUGGAGAAACCACCCAACAAUGGAAAAUACAAAACUUGAUAUUUAUGACAGUGCGAUAUAA